CGAUGGGAUAAAAUAAUAACUUGUAACCUGCACGGUCUCAGAGUACGGAGAAGAGCAACGGUCGGUAGUUGUGAUCUGCCGCGUGCACAGAAGAACCACACUAGAACCAGACAGAGAAAACAACUCAAAACCUGUCAGACCAUUGGACAAGUGAACUCGAACGAACCUGAGAGAAAACGGAACCUUUGUUUUCAGAAGCAGCAGGGAGCCGAACCGGAGGAAAAGAUUAUGAGUUUUCUGCCAUACUUCUCUGCUGAGACCUGGACCCUCCUGGCCCUCCUCAUCACCUUCAUUGUAGUGUACGGGUACUGGCCCUAUGGUGUUUUCACUAAGAUGGGUAUCUCUGGUCCCAAACCCCUACCUUACUUUGGCACAAUGAUGGAGUAUAAAAAGGGUUUCACUAACUUUGACACAGAGUGCUUUCAGAAGUACGGGAGAAUCUGGGGGAUCUAUGAUGGGAGGCAGCCUGUUUUGUGUAUCAUGGACAAAAGCAUGAUCAAGACCAUCCUGAUUAAAGAGUGUUACAACAUCUUCACCAACCGCAGGAAAUUCAUUCUGAGCGGCGAGCUGUUUGAUGCGGUGUCCGUUGCCGAGGACGAUACAUGGAGACGGAUCCGCAGUGUCCUCUCACCUUCAUUUACCUCUGGACGACUAAAAGAGAUGUUUGGUAUCAUGAAGCGGCACUCUGCUAACCUGCUGAACGGAAUGAAGAAGCAGGCAGAUAAAGACCAGGCCAUCGAAGUGAAGGAGUUCUUUGGGCCCUACAGUAUGGACGUGGUCACCAGCACAGCCUUCAGUGUGGACAUUGACUCUCUGAACAACCCUUCAGACCCCUUGGUCUACAAUGUCAAGAAGAUUCUCAAGUUUGACCUGUUCAACCCACUGUUCCUCCUAAUCUUGUUGUUUCCCUUCAUAGGUCCUAUCUUGGAUAAGAUGAAGUUUACUUUCGUCCCGACUGAGGUGACAGACUUCUUUUACGCCUCGCUGGCUAAGAUCAAAUCUGGACGUGACACUGGGAACUCAACUAAUCGGGUGGAUUUCUUACAACUGAUGAUUGACUCUCAGAAGGGCAACGACACGAAGAUAGGAGAGGAGCAGACUAAAGGACUGACUGAUCAUGAGAUCUUGUCUCAGGCCAUGAUCUUCAUCUUCGCCGGCUACGAGACCAGCAGCAGUACUAUGAGUUUCCUGGCCUAUAACCUGGCAACCAACCCCCACACCAUGACCAAACUGCAGGAGGAGAUAGAUACUGUAUUCCCCAACAAGGCUCCAAUCCAGUACGAAGCUCUGAUGCAGAUGGACUAUUUGGACUGUGUGUUGAACGAGUCUCUGAGACUGUACCCCAUCGCCCCGCGACUGGAGAGGGUCGCCAAGAAGACGGUGGAGAUCAACGGCAUCGUCAUCCCCAAAGACUGCGUUGUCCUGGUUCCCACGUGGACCCUCCACCGUGACCCAGAGAUCUGGUCAGACCCUGAGGAGUUCAAACCAGAGAGGUUCAGUAAGGAGAACAAGGAGUCUAUUGAUCCGUACACGUACAUGCCGUUUGGGGCAGGGCCCAGGAACUGUAUCGGGAUGCGUUUCGCCCUGAUCAUGAUCAAACUGGCCAUGGUCGAGAUCCUCCAGAGUUUCACUUUCUCCGUCUGCGACGAGACCGAGAUCCCAUUGGAGAUGGACAACCAGGGUCUGCUGAUGCCAAAACGACCAAUCAAACUGAGGCUGGAGCCCCGUAGCAACACCCCUAGCAACACCACCGCCACCUCUCUGAAGAGUCCAACAACGUGACCGAAUGCAGGAGCACCCUACCCUACCCUAGAGCCCCCCACCCUAACCUAGAGCACCCUACCCUACCCUGGAGUACCCUACCAUCUAUCUAUCUAUCUAUCUAUCUAUCUAUCUAUCUAUUAUCUAUCUAUCUAUCUAUCUAUCUAUCUAUCUAUCUGCUACUGAAUAUUCAGUUCUUACCCUAAACCAUCACACUAAUGAACAAGGUCGUCUGUGUAAUCAUUAACAUUCAUAAGACAAAACUUUAUAGAUGAUAGUUUACUGUAGGUAUAAGCUACUGAAUAUUCAGUCCUGACCCUGCUAUUGCCUACUGAAUAUUCAGUCCUUACCCUGCUCUAGACUACUGAAUAUUCAGUCCUUACCCUAACCCUGCUAUAGGCUACUGAAUACUCAGUCCUGACCCUGUUAUAGGCUACUGAAUAUUCAGGCUGGGAUUCAAUAGGCUAGUUAAUAUAAUAUGAUAAUCAGACUGCAUUCACAAUGAAUGUUCAGUUCAGUCAGUUCAAUCAUAAAUUACCUUUAAAAUGGCACAUAGCUGACAAAGUGCUGGGAUUGAAUCCUGGUCUCAGUCUCAUGCUUGGUUUGAGUAGGACUCAGAAACCCAUUUCCACCAGAUAAAAGAAAGAUAGUAAUACUAUGGAUGCAUUAGGGGUACAUGUCUUGUUAAAGUUAGACACCAGGAGGUAUUAAAUCCAUGGCAUAAUGUCAUGUCUGGAUCCUGUACACUACUGGCUGGUGGCAGGAAUUCUCCUAGAAUGUAGAACUCUAGCUGGUGUUCUCUAGAACUGUACUCUAAUUCUGUUCCUCUGUGUGUUCUGCUGUCCAGUCAUUCCAAAAUAGAAUCUUUACUGUCUGUUGAAAUGAUCACUGCAGCUGCUUUGUUUUAGCUUUAUUAAUCAUCGCAAACCAAUAAAAGUCAUCACACUAAUGAA